AAGGGUCUUGAGGACACCUGGUGGUCCACAGACUACCCUUGAGUACACCUCGUCUAACAAAUAAUUAACUUUCACAGUGGAAAUGUCAGGUCUUGGCAGGUUAAUGGAGAAGAUAUUUUAAUACAGCCUUCUACCGAUUCUCAGAUCACACCACCUAAGUGAUCACUUUUUCCCAUGAGCCCUGGGUCAACACACACAACUGUUACUUAGUUAUGUUUCUGUAGCUCAUUGGAAGUGUCAUUUUUGCUCUACUGUCUUCUCUCUACUGACCAUAGAGUCUAGUGUCUUCAGAGUUUUCCUUCUUGGUGUACUUAUGUCUUAUCUGUUUACCUUCUAGAGGGGAAGAGAUAGAGAAUAAGGAAGUCAUCGUCCAGGAGCUGGAGGAUUCUAUUCGUGUAGUCUUGGGAAACUUGGACAAUCUGCAGCCAUUUGCUACAGACCACUUCAUUAUAUUUCCCUACAAAAGCAAAUGGGAGAGAGUGUCCCACCUGAAAUUCAAACAUGGGGAAAUUGUCUUGGUCCCUUAUCCAUUUGUUUUCACUCUAUAUGUGGAGAUGAAAUGGUUUCAUGAAAACCUGUCACCUGGGGAGUCAAUAAACGACAGUCCUCUUGGAUUGGUCCUAGCAGAGAGGAAAACAGCAGGAGCCAUGAUGAGGAAACGAAAACGAGCGGAAGUGCCCAGCUCCCCCAACAGGCCAGCGCUGGACAGGGCCAAGAUGGGGAUUUCCAGCCAAGGCCCCAGCAAAAAGAAGCCCCUUAUGGAAACCAGGAGGAAACCUUUUUGCCAUCAUCUACACUGGGAUCUGAGCCUGGGAACAUCUAGUUUUUAUAGAGGAGCUAGGCAUGUAUCGCAUGGGAUACUGAACAGAGAAAGAAAAACCCACCAGGAAUGGCAGGAGACCCCAACAUUUAAUAUCACUGAUACCCAGGAACAGGAUUCUAAGUGGGAGGACAGCCUAGCAGGGCAGAUUAUCCCCCCACUGCAGCAAAACAACCCAUCUCCACCUAAAGGACCCCCAGAGCUGGGAACCAAUGGCUUCUUUGGGUUUCUAAGCUCUCUCUUCCCCUUUCGCUAUUUCUUCAGAAAGAGCAGCCAGUGAGCUUCCAGAUGCAGCAGUGGGAAGAGUGUCUUCUCGCAGUGACUCUUCGCAUUCCGUCCUCUGUGUAUGACAUUUCAGUCAUGGGGAAUGCGGGCCCUAAACUCCCUGAGUCCUCUUGUGGGUUUGUCCUAUCCUUUGCCCCUUUACAAUGGAUUUUUUUUUUUUUUUUUCAAUUUAAAACACCAAGAAAAGAACUUCCUAAAAUGUUCUAGUCUAAGAACUGUGCUGCUCUGAGGGCCAGUUUAGGUCUUUCAUCUCCAGCACUUAGGAUCCUAAUGAAAAUAAAUUAUUUAUGAAGAGUUAUUGACUGAAUUUCAUGAAAUAGACAGCAAACUCUUCCCUGAAGAUACAGGGAAGCGAUGGCUGAAACCUCUCCCCUGGGUCUACCUAGUUAAUUGUUGGUGGGAUGCUUUGGGUGGGUGGGGUCUGUAGCUGACUGCAAACCUUAGCCUUAGCCUCCCUGGCAGGGCUUAGAGAAUGGGGUCUUAUAAGACUCACUUUCCUGAGCCCAGCUGACCCUCAAGAUAUCAUCUAUCCCAAAUUCACCCAGUUUGGCCCCAAAGUGCACCCUCAGUAGAUAAAUGCUUUCCACUCACCUAUCCCUCUGGCUUUUGACAGUAAUGCAGUUUAGCUUCUCAGAUUAACUGCAAGUCAGCCCAGGUUAGGGCCCCUGGAGAAGGCCAGGGCACCCAAGCUCUGACUUCACGUAACCCAAGGGCUGAUCUGGGACAGACAGGUUAGACUUGCGUUGUGUGGCCACAGAUCAAAUAGAUGGGAAUAUAGGGAAACUCAAUUUAGCUCAGAACAAAGGAAUCUAACUGUUAUAUUAGAAUGGACCACCUUGUGAGAUGAGUCCUUGUCACUUCUAGUCUUUAAACAGAGCUGAUGGUCUGUCAGAUGCUGGAAGGUUUCUGUGAUGAAUGGCAGAAAUGGGGUUGGAAUGCUGAGGUCCCUUGGGGUCCCCUUGUUUGGCUGACUUGCCCUGGAUGGGGAGAAGACAUGGCUGCUGUAGACAGGCCCAGGUCCUGAGGGGAGAAGGGCUGAAGGGGAACUGGAAGAUUAAGGACAAGUUGUGUUUAUAGCCUUUGUCCUACUGUCCCAAAUAUGGCCUGUUUUACAAAGCUGCUGAAAGGCACAACUCCAGAAUUUAGAGAUCUGAGUGCCAUUCUGACUCUGACUAGCUUACAGUGAGGCCUUGGCAAGUCACUUUCCUCUCUGGUUCGGAUUCUCUCAUCUGAACAACGAAGGGUGGGUGGUGUGUGUGGCUGGCUCUGCCCUUCUGAACAAAUCAGUGAGGCAGUGGCCCUGGGAUGUGGGGGGCCAUAUCACCAUAGGCUUCUUUCUGAUCUCUGGCCUGCCCUAGCCCAUGCAGCUACUGCUAACUAGGGAUCUUCCCCAAUUUGCCACAUUCUUGCCCCAAGUGUAAUUUGGCACCACGUAUGGAGAGCAGAUUUGGCCUGACGUUAACAGUGUGACCUUUAGUAGUUUUCCUUUUCUAAGCCUUAGCUGCUUUACCUGUAAAACCUGAGCCAGAGCUGGACUAAAAGAUGGGAUUUGCUGGUGUUGACAGCUUCAGACUGUUCCAGGAGUCAGGUCCCUGUUAUUCCAGGGACUAAGGGGAGCCGCACUCUGUGGCUGACCCCCAGGAUGAUGAGUGAAAAUGAAGCUCUGAAAUGGACUUAGAACCCCCCAUUCUCCCCAACUCUGCCACCCAGCAUAUCUCAGGAGGCCCUUACUGGUGUCAGUUCCUUUGUCCAUAAAAAUAUCCUCCCAACCCUUUUCCUGUGCAGUGGAUAAGGGACAAGCAAGAAUGAGUUUAGUAGCUUUAGGGUUGGGGUGGCAAGGCCCUGAACAGGGGAGUGUCUUGCCCAAGGUCACACAGCAGAGAAGAGAACCCUGGCGGCCACAACUCAGCCCAGUCUUGAUCCCUCUCUCCCCAACUGCACACAAGCCGCCCACUCCAGCAGCUCCUGGGCUUUUUUCCAUAUCUCACUGCCCCCAGCCCGG